AUGCAGCUCAGAACUGUUUACAUUAUUGUGGCUUUGUUGCAGAUUGCACUCGCCUCCAAGAUAGAUUAUACCGAUGACGCCGAUUCCCACGCACCCCAAAACGCUGCGAGCAACGCUGCGAGCAACGCUGCACACCAGGCGGGACGGACGGAAGAUGGGUACAAGGCCCCUGAAAGAAGGGUGGGCUCAAUUCAGCUCGCGAUGCAGCUGAGCGAGGAGCAGUAG